AAAGUACCUGUUAUAAUGCGUUAAACAAUUAAUGAUACUUUCUUUUAUUGCGGAAUUUUGGAAUAAGAGCUUGAAAUAUGAUAUUUUUUUUUGCUCUACCCUCGAACUCGAGCAGAAACGAAAGGCAAAACUUUGAACAAAUUUGUACUAGCCUUACUCAAAGAUUCGAUGGAUUUUUUUUUCUGAGAAAUUCGGAGAAUCGAGUCUGGACUGUAUCAUUCUUCUAUAUAAUGCCAAAUCAGCUUACACAUAAAAAUAGGAAAUCUUUCUCAGAAAACCUGUAAUAAAAAAAUUCUCAAUAAAACCGAUAAGAUAAAGCUAACUGGCCAUGUCGGUGCUGCAGAGCACUGUGGAUACGCAUAUCAUGUCAGAAGUAGUAAGUUCGUGCUUCAAGCUCACGUUAUUCAAUCCCCUUUAAGGUGGUUGGCGUUUUCCUCACCUUUAUGUAGUAAUUUUAUUCAGAAUAGCUGCAAAAAUAUCUGAGACACACUUUAUAUAAUUUGAUAAUGAAUCGAUAUGGCGAUAUGUGGAUGUUGGUAAAAAGUUCAAUUUUAGAGUGAUUUUUAGCCAUUUUUCAGUGUUUAAGGAUAACAAAAAAAAAAUAAUAAAGCAGUCAAAUUUGCAGAAUAAUUUAGGGUUUAACCGUAUCAGAGUCUACUGCCUUAAGAUAACCGGCAUUGCAAAGAUAGCGAUUAACGAAGGCUACGGCCAAGUUUUGUUUGCAGUUCUAGUCUCGCAUUUCGAUAGUAAGCUUCAGCUGAUAUGGAUCAAUCACAUCCAGGCACAAAAUGCUCUAGUUGUAAGGCGGAUCCCAUAGUUGGUGUUCGAAUGGCUUGCCUUAUUUGCAAAAGAUACGACCUCUGCGGAGAAUGCCAUUCGAAGAAACGUUUUAGUAGAAAGCACCGAUCCUACCAUCCGGUGCAGACAAUUCUUCCACCGAACGAGAUGGAGAGAAGUUUGAAGGAUGUGCACCAGGAUGAAAUUCGAAUCUUCCGAUGUCCUUGCUGUGGGGACGAUGAGCUCAACGUUCGCGAGUUGAUUGGUCACUGUGGUAAGUAUCACGCCAGUGGGCACGACCUUGUGCAUUGCCCGAUCUGUAUUAGCGAGGAAUGGCAAAGCGAUGUAUGGCAAAGUGAGCAAACGCGUAACAUUUUGCGACACUUAAAAUGGUUGCAUUUCGAUGAGAAUGUGGAUAGUUGGGAUGAAGUUGAGAGUGAAGCGAGCAGUGAUGAGGAAAAGAACUUGGAAGACAUUGAAAGUGAAGACGAAAAAUGUUGCAUUUGUCAGGAAUCGAUGAAGGCGGAGGAUUGUAGGAAGUUGACCUGUAGUCAUUCUUACCAUAGAGAAUGUAUAAAUCAAUGGUUGAGGGACAAUAACAGCUGUCCAAACUGUCGUGCUGAAGUUUGAAGACAGUUUUGCCUUCAAUAAAGCAACAAGUCCAUGAUACAAUUUAAAAAAGAGUCACAACGCCAUAGAGCAAAAUCUGCAAAAUUAACUUUUGUUGAAUUUCAUCAAAUCUAAAAGAUAAUCACUACCCUGAUAAGUCUUGUUGACUCUAUAAAUUCUCGUUCUCAUUAACUACUCCCACAAACAGCCUCUUUUCGAGUAGGUAGGUUCUUCCACGAAGAAGCCAGCCCACCCACGGCAACAAUUUCGCAGAUUUUCCUCCCCGAAGCUGAGCAUCCAUGAAUGAAAUUUCCCAACCUUUUUCCCUUUCUAAACCACCCCCAAAAAGCAUCAACACAGCCCGCCCAAAAAAAAAAAGCUAACUCUCGCCGCCGUCCGCCCACAACUUUUUGUUUUGAGUUAUAAAUAACUUGGCCGGCCCGAACCCACCAUCAUUUUCCCGGGGCAGAGCAAAAAAAAAAACACGGAGGAAAUUCCUCCCAUUGACGAACAAGGCAGCAGCAGGCAGAGAGAAAAGUGGCAGAGCAGCCAUUUCAAGCUACUGCUGCAACGCCAAGGGGAAAAAUCGAUAAUCCUGCCGGGGACCGGGGAAGGUCUGGCUGGCUGCCCCGGCACAGGGCCGAUUUGCUGGGCAGGGGUGCCAGAUUUAUGAUUUGAGUUUCAUUACGAUUAUUUUUAUGUAUGUUUAUUUUUGGUGAAAUAUAAACUAAAAACUCUGCAUUCAAAAUUAUUUUUGUUUUUUUGUAAUUUUUGUAAUUUUUGUCACCUUUGUCACUUUUGUCAUUUUUGUAAUUUUUGUAAUUUUUGUCAUUUUUGUCAUUUUUGUCAUUUUCGUCAUUUUUGUCAUUUUUGUAAUUUUUGUAAUUUUUGUAAUUUUUGUAAUUUUUGUAAUUUUUGUCAUUUUUGUCAUUUUUGUCAUUUUUGUCAUUU